AUGAAGAGAGCUUUUGGUGAUAACUCUAAGCCUGGUGUUAAAAAAGCAAAGCUUCACCAAGAUAAAGAAGCUGUUCACAAUAAUGAAAACAACGAUAAGACUGGACUUGAUGUAGAAAUACAUCCGUUAUUAAAAAAUAUAGGAUUAACAAACAUUCCUAAAUUACCGAAAGACCAUAAUCCACUACGACAAUCCAACCAAAAAUGGUUUGAUCCACUUGCAUUAAAUCCAUAUCUCGAUCAAAGUGAUAUGGUUAUUAAUAAUAAAAAAUCUAGACAUAUUCCACCCCCGUUAAAGUUUAUCUCACAGGGAAAGUAUGUGGCCCAGGGGGAGAAAUUACGAGAGAAAUUGAAAGUUGAACACGAACAAACUCGAGAAUUGGAAGCAAUUAAACAACAAGGAUUAAUACCAGAUGAGACCAUUGGGGAACAAUUGUAUCAACUUGAAGUGCAACCAUUGAUUGAAUGGUGGGAUCGUCCAUAUUUGCGUGAUAACAAUUAUAUGAACAUUAACGACGAAUCUCGUAAAGUCCUUGAUGAUGAAACCCAACCUAUAACGUCAUAUAUACAACAUCCUGUAUUGAUCAAUCCCAUUUGGGAGACCAAGGAUUCAAACUCUCCAAUACAACCGGUAUAUUUAACGAAAAAAGAGCAGAAAAGAAUUAGAAAAAAUGAAAGACAACUUAAACAACAAGAGAAACAGGACAGAAUUAAAUUAGGGUUAGAUCCACCGCCACCACCUAAAGUUAAAUUAUCUAAUUUAAUGAAUGUAUUGACCAAUGAAUCGAUUAAAGAUCCAACUGCAGUUGAAAAUAGAGUGAAAAGAGAAAUUCAACAACGUGUUGAUAAACAUUUGGCACAAAAUGAAGCUCGAAAAUUGACCAAGGAACAGAAGCAUGAAAAAUUAUGGAACAAACAAGAAAAAGAUUUGGCCAAUGGUAUUCAUACUACAGUUUACAAAAUUGACAAGUUAGUUAAUCCUAAACAUUUGUUUAAACUCAAUAUCAGUGCUCAAGAAGAGAAUUUGGUAGGAGUUUGUUUGAAAAAUCCUAAAUUUAAUUUAGUUAUCGUCGAAGGCGGAGAAAAAUCAAUUGGACAUUAUAAGAAAUUAAUGAUGAAAAGAAUCAAAUGGACAGAAAAUGUAUCACAAUCAGCAACUAAUGAUUCAAUUGACGAUUUAUCCAAUAAUAAAUGUUCCCUUGUAUGGGAGGGCUCAUUGCCAGAUGUGCAUUUUCAGAAAUGGAGUAUUAUGUAUUCUAGAGAUGAUGAAGAAGCCCUCACGGCAUUAAAGAAGUUUGAUCUUGAGAAUUAUUGGCGAUUAGCAAGCUCCUUGAAAGAAUAG